AUGGUGGUUGUAUGUGCAAUGUUCAGUGUAAUCACCAUUCAUGCAAUGUUGAAACAGUUGUGCCUCGGGAAACAGGAUGUGGGUAGCAUUCAGGUAUUGGCUGAUAAAUGGCAAGUGACAGUCAUUCACUUGAAUGGCUUGUCUGUAAUUUUCCCUAAACCACACAAAUUACAUUUUUCAUUUUGUUUUGCAUUUCAGUGGAACUUGGUAUGCAAUGAUGACUGGAAAGCGCCAUUUGCUAUGUCAGUGUUCUUUGGGGGAGUGCUGACUGGUUCCUUUAUUUCUGGUCAGUUAUCUGACAGGUUUGGAAGGAAGUUAGUUAUGUUUGGAACUAUGGCAGUCCAGACUGUAUUCAGCAUGCUUCAAGCAUUCUCUCCAAAUUGGGAGAUAUUCUGCGUUCUCAAUUUCCUUGUGGGUCUUGGACAAAUUUCAAACUUGGUGGCUGCCUAUGUUCUUGGAUCUGAGCUUCUUGGGAAAUCCAUUCGGGUUAUAUUCGCGACACUGGGAGCUUUUAUUCCUUAUGCAAUCGGCUACAUGGCCCUUCCUUUGGUAGCGUACUUCAUACGAAGCUGGUCGAUGUUGCUUUUCAUCCUGUCUGUCUCUGGCGUGUUGUACGUUCCUUUGUGGUGGUUUAUUCCUGAAUCUCCACGCUGGUUGUUGAUAAAGGGCAGGGUAAAGGAAGCUGAAGGACUACUCCGACAUGCUGCCAAGAAAAACGGUAUCACUCCUCCAGAUGUUCUCUUCAGUGAUGUUGAGCUCGAAGAUAUGAAGGCUAAAAGUAAACAAACUCAUUCAAUUAUUCACUUGUUUAAAACUCGUAAUAUCCGAGCCAUCACGCUCAUAAACUUGCUAGUUUGGAUGAUUUUAACAGCUGAAUACUUUAGUCUGUCUUUGAACACACCCAAUCUCCAUGGUGAUGACUAUUUGAACUGUUUCUUCGCUGGUGCCAUCGAAGUUCCGGCCUAUAUAGCAUCUUGCCUUUUGCUGCAGAGGUUUUCCCGAAGGUUCAGCCUUUCAAGCACUCUGUUUCUGGGUGGAAUUGUCCUUUUCUUCAUUCAAACCAUUCCUUCAAAUCUUGCAGCAAUUUCCACUGUGCUAGUAAUGAUCGGAAAAUUUGGAACCACAACAGCCUUUGCAAUAGUUUUUGUUUACACUAGUGAGCUGUAUCCAACCACAGUGAGAAACAUGGGUGUCGGAUUGAGCUCGAUGGCUUCGAGGGUGGGCAGCAUCAUCUCACCUUACGUCUUCUAUCUCGGAAUUUACCAUGAAUUUCUGCCGUAUAUUCUGAUGGGGACCUUGACAGUGUUUUCAGCAAUUCUCGUCUUGUUUCUGCCUGAGACCAACAAUAUUCCACUCCCAGAAACUAUUGACCAGAUGCAGAAAAUAAAAAGGUGGGCAAGGCCAAAGAACAAAUUAAAGGCAGAGAUGAGUGGUAUUACUGAGUCACUGGAGGCAUGA